UCCCUCUUAUCUUUUUCGUAUUUUCUAUAAUUGAAACCCUUUGUUUCUCAGCUGUUCACCUUUCUUCAGAUCUAAUCUUGCAGCCGCCGCCUAAUAGUCUGCCUAUCUUCGCAUCAAAUCUCACCGCCGAUUAGGGACGAUGAGCAGAAGAGCUGCUGUUUCUGCAAUAAAUCUCAUUCAUGGAAGAGGAUUUCUCAAUCGAUGGUCGCAUAAAUCGGGGUUGUUUUUAGAUGGCAAGGAGGUCGAAGCCGUGAAACUGUUAGAAAAGGUUCUGGAUUUGAAACAUUGCGUGCCUAGUAAUGUUAUGAUUCUGCACAUGAUAGAUGGGUCAUGCGAAGCUGGACAGGUCAUUGCAGACUAUGAUUGGCUUUGUAGAUUAGAAUGUAGUGGUUGGAGUCCGAACAUUAAGGCUUAUAACACACUAAUUGACGGAUUAUGCAAGAGUGGAAUGGUCUAUGAUGCUUUGAAGCUCCCAUCCAAGAUGGUCGGCAAGGAUAUUUCAUCUAGUAUUGUCACAUAUAAUUCCAUGAUUAUGGGAUUGUGUGACGAUGUUAAAGUGACGAUUGUAAAUGGGCAAUUCCAAGAUAUCUUCGGAUGUCGUUACUUUCAAUAUGUUGAUUGAUGCAUAUUGUAAAGGAAGAGGCUGAGAAUAUGUUGGAAAGUAUGACACAACAAAAUAUUUGUCCCAAUGUCGUCACUUAUAGUGCUCUUAUCGAUGGGUUUUGUUUGAAAGGUGAAAUCGAAAGAGCAAAACAAUUACUUGAUCCAUGGUAGAGAGAGGCCUUAAACCCAAUAUUGUUAGCUAUAACAGCCUGAUCAAGGGAUAUUGCGAUAAGGGAAUCGUGGAUGAAGCUUGGCUUAUUUUUCUUGAAAUUCCCGAUAAACGUAGUAUCAUGAUACAUGGAUUAUUUAGUAAAAUAGAUUUGUUGAGAGUUGGAAGCUUUUCAAGGAUAUGGAAUCUCAACAAGCACAUCCCGACUUGCAUACUUAUAAUAUAUUAUUUGAUGUAUUAUAAAUGGAUUAUGCAAGAUUAGAAAACGUGAGACGUUUUCAAUCAACUUCCUUCUAAAGGUUUGCACCGUGAUGUUUGGAUAUAUACAAUUAUUAUUGAUUCACUUUGUCAAGAAGGGUCUCUAGUGGAGGUACAAAGUUUGCUUUUAGAGAUGGAGAAUUGUGGUAGUGGACCUGAUAGCAAUAUCAUUCGUGGAAGAAAUGUGCAAAAAGAGAUUUUCAGCAACUUCUUCGGUACCAACUGAUAAAGUGGAAGAGCAGAGUGGAGAUGACUUUUUUCUCAAAUUAAUGAAGGACCUUGUGCCCAAAGAAAUUUUAUCAUAGUCCAUUUAUUCUUCAUGUACGAGGUUAGUGAUACCGACAGUGAUAUAAUAUCAUUGCAUUUAUAAUAUUAUUGUGUGUGUCUGUCCUUGUGUUUUUUAAACUUACCAUUCUUUAUGCAUAAUGGUAUGAGUAACAUUGUUCACCUUUUCAUCAAUUUUGUGGGUACUAUUUCUAUUGUAGGAUUCUUAACUUGUUUUUGAGGUACUAAAUUUAGUUUUUGUCUUUUGUAAUUUUAAGUUUUCUAAUUGAUUAAUGAGAGAAGGCAAGGAAGGUGACCAUCAUACAUUAAUAGAAAUACUUGGUUUAGCUUUUUAAGGUAUUGAGCACACAUACAUAAUUACAUGUAUGCAUAUUCUGUUAUUGUCUCUUUCAUGUUGAGGCCUCCAACAAAUUAACAUUUGAAGAGAUUUUAAUCUAAAAAUGUAUUCAAACUUCUGAUUUUGGUUAGCAAUCUUCGACAUUUGUAGAAUGUGUUUGCCUUAUGUCAUGUUAUGUUUGUCUUGAAAAGCAUUAAUCGUUGUCCGAUGUGUUUCUACUGUAGGGUCAGGAUUCGUGCAGCUUGAGAGCCAAAGCAUUAUGUCUGGGAGCUGCAAGCUGAGUUCGAUUUUUAUAUGCUUGUGAUAUACAAGAUCCUAUAGCUGACAAAGUAUGUGUAUUUUAUGAAAGAAGGUUAUUUGUUUGCAGAACCUGUUAUGUUCAGAUGAGCUUCAACAGUUUGUUGAUGGUGCUCUUUGCAUUUCUUUAUUUGGUAACUAUGAGAAUUCAUUUUCUUUAAA